CGUCGCCCUCCGUGGCGCCGUGCCCUGGUGAUCCCCGACCCGGAGCAGCCUCCACCGCCGCGCAUAAAUGGGCGUCGGCGACCCGCGAGCCAGCGCAGACGAUCCCCCUCCUCUCCCAGUCCCAGCGCCGGCUAGCCUAUCCAACAGUGAAAAGCGCACGCGCUCCGGCCGGAGGGAGUGAUCAGUGAUCCGUCGUCUGACGAGAGACUGGAGUGGGAGAAAGAGGGGAAGCCUAGCUGAGCUGCCUCCUCCAGCUCUGGGCUCCCUUUGCUUGUAGCUCCGGGCGUGCGGGUCUCUGCCGCGGGAGAAAAGGCGAGCACUCUGUGCGUGUCCCCGCCACCAGCCUCCUCAUCGAUCUCCUGCUCGCUCGAUCCCAGCCGUCCGCGUACGACGGCGGCGAUGCCGUGCUCGUCGCCGGCCGCGACGUGGCUGCUGCGCGUGGGGCCAGCGGCCGACCAGCAGGCCUCGUCCUCGGCCUCCUCGUCCAAGGGCGGCAGCCGCGUGCUCCCGCCCGGCGCCGCCACCAUGGACACGGGCGGCGCCGCCGCCGCGGCCGGGCGCGGCGGCGGCGGCAAUGCGCACGCGUCCGACCCCCAGGAGAGCAGCAGCAGCGGGGGCCAGUCCUCCUCCCGCCUCGCGGCGCGCGGCCACUGGCGCCCCGCCGAGGACGCCAAGCUCCGCGAGCUCGUCGCGCUCUUCGGGCCCCAGAACUGGAACCUCAUCGCCGAGCGGCUCGACGGCCGGUCCGGCAAGAGUUGCCGCCUCCGGUGGUUCAACCAGCUCGACCCGCGGAUCAGCAAGCGCCCCUUCACCGACGAGGAGGAGGAGCGCCUCAUGGCGGCGCACCGCUUCUACGGCAACAAAUGGGCCAUGAUCGCGCGCCUCUUCCCCGGCCGCACCGACAACGCCGUCAAAAACCACUGGCACGUCAUCAUGGCGCGCAAGUACCGGGAGCAGUCCACCGCCUACCGCCGCCGCAAGCUCAACCAGGCCGUCCAGCGCAAGCUCGAGGCCGCCGCCGCGGUAAUGCCGCCGGCGGCCGGCCCCGGUGGGGACGCCGCCGCCGUCCCCGCCGCCGCCCACCACCACCACCACCUCCUGGCCGCGGCCGCCGCGGCGCACGACGCCGCCUACGGCUACGGCUUCGCCGCCGACCCCUACGGCUUCGGCUUCCGCCACUACUGCAGCAGCUUCCUGUUCCCGCCAGGCGCCGCCGCGUCGGCCGAGGACGACGCGCCGCCGACUCCCUUCUGCCUGUUCCCCGGGCCCGGCAUCGGCGCGGCGGCGCACGCCGACAGGCGCCUCCCCUGGCCGCCGUCGCCGGACGACGCGGCCGGCGGCGGCGGUCGGUACGGGGAGCCGCCGCCGCCUGUCCUGCUGCCCGUUCCGGGCGGCGGCUGGAUCGAGGGCGUCGGCGGCCACCACCACGAGCCACACCACCAGUUCGUCGUCCUGGACCGCGACGGAGGCGGCGCCGCGGCUGCGUUCCAAGGCGUGGGGACAAUACAGGGCGGCGGCGCCCACUUCGACGCCGCCGCCGCGGCGCCGUCGCCGGCGUUCAUAGACUUCCUCGGGGUCGGAGCCACAUGACUGCAUGCAUGCAUGCAGUUUGCUUCGGAUCUGAGUUGCAGUUGCAGUUGCAGGGGGAUCAAGGACGCGUAGCUCGAGCUCUCUAGCCUGUAGGUUUUGCCAUAUAUAUGAUUACAUCCAUGGAUUAGCUUAUGUAGUAGCACCAUGUAAUCUAGCUAGCUAGGAACAGUCAUUUCCAUGGGGAGCUUUGUAGAGGUGGGAAGAAGGAUGAUGCUUGGACUUUGAUCAUUUGGGGAUUUGGUUACUUUGAUUAGCCCCCGGCCACAUGAAUGUAUGUAGUGCAGGCAAUGCAAGGAGAGAUUGAUGAUGGUGAAGUGGAGAGCUAGCGAGCUUAAUCAUAUCUCCCACUGAUUCUUUGACUAGCCGAGUGCCCGAGUGUAGAUGAGGGAGGGACGACUACUGAAAGCCUAGCUAGAUGUAGUAGCCAAGUAUGGUAUAUAUAGUUUUGUUUUUGUUACUUUGUCCUUGUACUGCAACAUUUAACUGCUUAUAUGCA